AUGUCUCAACUCGAUGAAGAGAAGGCACACAGUGCCUACCUCGAGCACGCAGUGCCCGACAGACGUGCAAAAAUGGACGUCAAGGGCUAUCUCCUAUCACGCGUCCCUACCCUGAAGCCAACAGUGGCGAAACCUCCGAACCCUUUCAAGUUGCUGGGACUCUUGAACAAGAAGCACUGGACCUUCUUCGGGGUGGCCAUGGCGGCGUGGACAUGGGAUGCUUUCGACUUCUUCACCGUGAGCCUUACCACCACCCAGCUUGCGGCCGAGUUCGAUGUCACAAUCAAAGACAUAACAUGGGGUCUCACGCUGGUGCUUAUGCUUCGAUCCAUUGGAGCAAUCAGUUUCGGUCUUGCAUCCGAUAGAUACGGACGGAAGUGGCCGUUCGUUGUCAACAACAUUCUGUUCAUCAUACUGGAGCUCGCGACUGGCUUCUGCCAGACCUAUGAUCAGUUCCUUGCAUGCCGUGCACUGUUUGGAAUUGCCAUGGGAGGCAUGUAUGGCAAUGCCGUUGCAACCGCUCUGGAGGACUGUCCAUUGGCUGCAAGAGGUCUCAUCUCUGGGCUACUCCAGAUGGGAUACAUUGUUGGCUACUUCUUGGCCACAGUCUUCGCUCGUGCCCUUGUCGACACCACAUCCCACGGAUGGCGACCAUACUUCUGGUUCGGUGCCUGUCCGCCUGUGCUGAUUAUAGCCUGGCGACUGUGCCUCCCAGAGACGGACACCUACAUUCAUCAGAAGAAAAUGGAAAGAGAGAACGAGGGCACUGUCAGCAUGCGGUCGUUCAUCAAGGAGUCGUCGAAGAACAUUAAGACGCACUGGCUGAUGUUCGUGUACAUGACACUGCUGCUCGCAGGCUUGAACUUCCAAACGCACGGCACGCAAGACCUCUAUCCGACCAUGCUGCGGAACCAGCUGCAAUUCUCGCCCAAUGAUGUCACUAUCACGAUGUGCAUCUUGAACCUUGGAGGGUUCUGUGGCGGACUGACCGUCGGCUGGCUCAGCAACGUGUUCGGCCGCAGGUUCACGUUGCUUGUAACGUUCGUUAUGGCUGGGGCAUUGCUGUAUCCAUACGGCUUUGUCUCCACCAAAGCGGUGGCUGCUGCAGCUUUCUUCGAGCAGUUCUUCAUCCAGGGCGCCAUGGGUGUCGUGCCCAUCCACAUGAUGGAAUUGAGCCCAGGAACUCUGCGUACCUUCGCCGUUGGAACAGCUUACCAGUUGGGCAAUCUCAUCUCGUCUGCGAGCGUCACUAUCGAAGCAGAACUCGGCGAGCAGUAUCCUCUGCCACCCACUGCAAAGGGCGUUCAGCGUUACGACUAUGGCAAGGUCAUGUGUAUCUUCACAGCGGCCUGCAUUAUCUACAACAUCGUUAUUACCUUCAUCGGUCCAGAGAACAGGGGCGCCGACUUCAGUGCCGCGAACCAGGGAGGUAUUGUUACGGAGAAGAUUGAGGCUUCGCAGAAUGUUGGGAGAGACACGUCUGUCGCAGAUGAUGCGGCAAGUGUUUCAGAGAAGAGGUAA